GCCCGGCGGCAUCGGCAUCAUGUCGGCGCUGGGGGCGGUUGAGGAGGCGGCGGCGGCGGGGCCGCUGUUCCGGCCGCUGGGCGCCGAGGACGGCGAGCAGCAGCCGGCCGAGAUCGAGUCGCUCUGCAUGAACUGCUACCGCAACGGCGUGACGCGGCUGCUGCUCACUCGCGUCCCCUUCUUCAAAGAGAUCAUCGUCAGCUCCUUCGCCUGCGAGAGCUGCUCCUGGUCCAACACCGAGAUCCAGGCGGCGGGCAGGAUCCAGGAGCAGGGCGUGCGCUACACGCUGGCCGUCGCCGCCCGGCAGGAUAUGAACAGGGAGGUGGUGAAGACUGACUGUGCCACAAUUCGGAUUCCUGAGCUGGACUUUGAGAUCCCUGCGUUCACCCAGAAAGGAGUUCUCACCACCAUUGAAGGGAUAAUUGACAGAGCUGUAGCGGGCCUGGAACAGGACCAGCCUGUGCGCAGGGCAACGGACGAAGAGGUGGCAAGGAAAAUAGAUGAAUUCAUUGGUAAACUAAAGCAACUCAAAGAAGUACAUUCCUCUUUCACCUUUAUCAUAGAUGAUCCUUCAGGGAACAGUUUUGUGGAGAAUCCUCAUGCACCACAGAAGGAUGAAGCUCUCGUGGUGGUUCAUUACAAGCGGACUCCCCAGCAGGCUGCCAUGCUGGGGCUCGGGGCAGAGGAGACGAACGAGAUGCCGGCUGAUUCUGUGGAGGACCUGAGGAAUGAGGUAUUGCAGUUCAACACCAACUGUCCCGAGUGCAAUGCUCCAGCUAACACCAAUAUGAAGCUAGUGCAAAUCCCACACUUCAAGGAAGUGGUUAUCAUGGCCACCAACUGUGACUCCUGUGGGCACAGGACAAAUGAGGUUAAAUCUGGAGGAGCGAUAGAACCACAAGGCACCAGGAUCACCCUUCGGAUUACAGACCCUUCGGACAUGACUAGAGAUGUUCUGAAAUCAGAGACGUGCAGCGUGGAGAUUCCUGAGCUAGAUUUUGAGCUGGGAAUGGGAGCGCUGGGGGGGAAAUUCACCACGCUGGAAGGGCUGCUGAAGGACAUCAAGGAGCUGGUCGAGAGAAACCCCUUCAGCCUGGGGGACAGCUCCACGCCAAGCAAAAUGGAAAAGCUACAGGAGUUCAGCAGGAAAUUGCUUGACAUAAUAGAAGGGAAGACAAAGGCUCACUUCGUGAUGGAUGACCCUGCAGGCAACAGCUACCUCCAGAACGUAUACGCCCCAGAAGACGACCCGGAGCUGCAGGUGGAGCGCUAUGAGCGUACUUUCGAGCAGAACGAAGAGCUGGGCCUGAACGACAUGAAGACAGAGGGUUACGAGGCGGCAGCGGUGUCGGAGCGGUAGCGGCGCGCGAGGAAGAGCCGCGAUUCCUCCAGCGCCCUGCGGAGGAGGGGACAGUGGGGUGGGGAGGGCCCGCUUCCCGCCGGGGCGGGGCUGUAACGCUCGGCACGGAGCCGCGAUGGAAGAAUGUCGUGUCGUGUUCCCGCGGGGAGUUCACACGUUGCUGAAACGCGC